UCGCAAUUCACAUGAACAAAAUUUUUUGUUGGUCCGCCUUUGUCCGCAGGGAAUUGCUGUCAAUGCUACGCGGGAUGGGCGGAUCCAUGGCAUGGGCGCAUCGCGGAAUUCGGAAUUCUCCUUAGAAGCAGUGAAUGGAUCUUGCCUGAAUGGAUAUGUAUAUAUAUAUAUAGCUUCAGCGUGUCCAGGCUGCUUCACUUUCCGAGAUUCCUUCCUAUACACCACACCUCAGCACCACCCGAGACGACAGCAACAUGGCAGCGACAUCAGCAUCAGAGCCAUCCAAGCCAGUGUCGGCGGGAGAUCUGAUACGCAGAUUUGGCAAGCUGAGGAUGCUGGACGACCUGGUCCGUCUUCGAGCUGCCGAUGAGAUCCAGGUUCCUAUUUUGGCCUAUCCAUCCUCUGAAAAGGAUGGUUUCUCUUACGACUACCUCACCGGUCAGCAUCUAGAUAGGAUGGUAGAUGAUGCUGUCCAUGCUCUCCUGGACCAUGGAUUCAAGCCGAACUCGCACUCCAUCGUGGCUCUUCUUACCCCCUCGGAUCUCAGUAUGGUGGCCAUUUUCUUUGCCCUGAGCAGAAUGGGAUAUACAGUCAUGAUGCUUUCUCCCCGUCUAUCUGCAACGGCCUGUGUAGCUCUUCUCGAUACAGUUGGAUGUGAUAAUAUCCUCCAUGGCCAGACGGCCAGUAUCCAGACCACGAUGGAUGAAAUAUCGCAGUUAAAGCGAGUACACUCUCAACCCAUCUGUCGUAUGGGGGUCUCUUUGUCUUCGGAUUCAAACAGCGCAACAGCAAGAGUCACUUUUGAACAUGACAAGAACCCCGAUCCUGACAGAAUCGCCCUCAUUUUACAUUCGUCCGGGACAACAGGGAUGCCGAAACCUCUCUAUCUAAGCCAUAGGGCGAUCAUGACACAUCCUCUCCGUGGACCUGAAUUGACAUCCUUCAACUCGCUUCCCUGGUAUCAUCUCCACGGUCUUUCCACUGCCUUCCAGGCGAUGUGGAUGCGCAAGACCGCUUUCAUGUGGGAUGCCUCGUUACCUGUGACAGGUGAUAAUUUGGUCAAGGCUCUGAAGCAGGCUAGACCUGAGUCCGUGCAUGCUGUCCCAUAUGUGCUACAGUUGCUUGCUGAUACGGAUGGAGGGAUAGCAGAAUUGAAGAAAUGCAAAUUGGUCACGUAUGGUGGUGCUGCUUGUCCAGACGAGUUGGGAGACAGACUGGUUAGGGAAGGGGUGAGAUUCGGAGGAUCCUUUGGAUCAACCGAAGCAGGGCUCACUGCCGAAUCGAUUUCUCGUCCACCAGAUGAUCCAUUCUGGAACUACUUACGCUUCUUCGACAACAUUCAGCCAUAUGUCUGGAUGAAGCCACUUGGCGAGGAAAAUGGCACCGUGGACUCUGCCAACUUCAACUCCAACUCUCUAUACGAAUGUGUUUUUCUCCCGGGCCACCAAGCCCUGACAACUUCCAACUCUGACCAACCACCUGGAUCCUUUCACUCUAAAGACGUUUUCACUCCCCAUCCAGCUAUCCCAGGACGCUGGAAAUAUGUGACUAGACUAGAUGAUCGGAUUACACUAACAAAUGGCGAGAAAGUCCUCCCUCUCCCAAUAGAAGGGCUCAUAAAGCAACACCCGCUGAUCCAUGACGCGGUCGUGGUAGGAGUCAACCGCGCCGUGCCAGGAUUGCUCGUUUUCCAAUCCGAGAAAGCAAGUCAGAAUGACCUCUCAGGCGAGGAGUACCUAGAUGCCAUCUGGCCGGUAGUUGAAGAGGUGAACUCCAAAGCGGAGAAAUUCAGCCAACUUUCCCGAGAUACCGUUGCUGUCUUGCCUUACGAGGCGUCAUUCCCUGGUCUUCGCACAGACAAGGGAUCCGUAAUCCGAGAACAGGUUUACAAUCGAUUUGCUGAUGUGAUUGAUGGUAUUUACGCAAAGUUUGGUCAACGUGGGAAUGGGACACUGAGGCUGAGUCUUGACGAUACUGAAGCCCACAUUCUGAAGCUCUGCAACGAAGAGCUGGGGCUGAAAGUCUCCAGUGUAAAUACAGACUUUUUCGCUGCUGGUGUGGACAGUCUCAAAGCCAUUCAUCUCCGGAGAUUACUUUUGCGGGACUUUGAUGUGAGUCAUGGCAAAGAACUCGGACAGAAUAUUGUCUUCGAGACGGCGACUGUGUCUCGCUUGGCAGAGAGGAUAUUCAUGCUACAAAAUGGAAACCAGAGCGUUGAUAUCCAUCUGGAUGGUGAGAAUAAAGCUGAAGAUGAACUGCAACUCAUUUCGAGGCUCAUUUCCAAAUAUGCGACUUUCCGCAAACAUGUUCCUCGUCAGAAGACUACAGGAGACAGCAAGAAGAGCGUUAUUCUCACCGGCGCAACUGGAUCAAUUGGCAUCCACACUCUCGUGGAACUUCUAAAAGACGACACUAUCGAAAAAGUCUACUGCCUAACCCGCCGCGAGAACCCCCUGGCCUCAAUCCUGGAAGCCCUUCAAAACAAAACCCUGACCAUCUCCGAAUCCUCAAAACAAAAAAUCAUCGCCCUAAAAUCCAACCUCGGCACCCUGGAUCUAGGUCUGGGAGGAGGAAAAAAUGAACAAAUCCUCCAUGAAAUGCGGCAGACUGUCUCACUGAUCAUCCACACCGCGUGGCCCGUGAACUUCCAACUCCCGCUACGAACAUUCGAGGAACAGAUCAAAGGAUUGUGCCAUUUGAUUCAAUUCUCAUUGGAUGUCGAGAUGCCAGAUCCGGCCGUUCUCAUGUUCUGUUCUUCUAUUUCUACAGCUAUGAGGAUGGGCCACAACCAUGGCGUACCAGCGGGAAUGGAAAUGGAAAUCCCAGAACAACUCUUGAAAGACCCCAGUCCAGCCCUACACAUGGGCUACGCACAAUCCAAGCUCAUCGGCGAGAGAAUAAUAAGCAUAGCCCGGUCCUCAGCGAACGCGAGGACCUACUCCCUCCGCAUCGGACAGGUAUCAGGGAAUUCAUCAAGGGGACUAUGGAACGACUCCGAAGCAGUCCCACUCAUGAUCCGGUCUGCUUUGACGAUGCGCGUAUUACCAGUUCUCAACGAGACUUGUUCCUGGAUACCGGUUGAUAUACUGGGGAAGGUGAUAAUUGAAAUUGCGCGGUCGAGACUAGAUUCUUCUACAUCUACGUCUACGUCUACGGAUGACCGAAAGGAGGACUACCCAAACAAAGAAAACGAUACUAACAGUAAAAAUGAGAACGAAAAAGACGACACAGUCUACAACAUCUGCAACCCGAAAACAUUCCCUUGGUCCUUCCUUCUAGCUCUUCUCCGUAACCAGGGACUCGCCUUUACCGCAGUCCCCUUCGAGACAUGGCUUGCGCUGCUCCGAGAAAGCGAGAAAAGGGGGGAAGAACAUGCCAAUCCUGCCGUCAAGCUAAUCGAGCACUACGACGCUAUGUACUCUGGUAAUACGCUCAAGCUCAAGUUCCGAACAGAUCGGGCAGAGAGGGAAAGUGAGACAUUGCGCGGAGCAGAGAUGGAUGUUAUUCGGGGUGGGAUAUUGGAGAACUAUGUAAAGGACUGGUUGGAGAGGUGGACAUGACUGAGGAAUUGUGCGAUGGCAACGUUGUUAAUUAUUCCAGUGGAUUAAGAGUAAAUAAUGCUACACUACUGUUCUAUUCUAGACUGAAACACCCGUCG